UUUAGUGCAAACGUGAUGACAUGAAAGGGAGUUGGAGCUCCAAGUAUAAAACUCCAGCAGGCGCACAAACCCACGCAGCGCACGGACUGAAGGACUGCAUCACUGCUGCUCUUCUGCCGAAUCCACCCUCUUCAUCAUCAUACUCAUCAUCCAGCAUGAGUGAGAGGCAAGAAUCCGGAUCAGCUGGAAACAUCAAACCCUCAGGUGGACAAGACCCUUCCAAGAAGGACGUCCCAGCUGAGGACUUUGACAUCGACAUGGGCGCCCCCGAGACGGAGAAGGCGGCCGUCGCCAUCCAAUCGCAGUUCAGAAAGUUCCAAAAGAAGAAGCAGACGGUGAAAUCAUAAUUGCGCCCAUGCAGGGCGUCCCUGGCCCCGAGCGGGCCCAACGGCACCAUUAGGGCAGGGAGUUGCAUGUCUGAUAAACUGCACUGUUCUCGGGUGGGGGGGUCAUGGGUUGAUUUGGGGUGAGGGUGGGGGCAGAUGAGAGGUGAAGAGGCAGUUUGCCUUUUGCUAUCAUCUGUCAGGAAUAAAAUGUGAUAUUUUGGUUCCCCCCUAGUACAUAGAUUUUUUCAAUAUAGUACUUUCCUUUUAAAAUACUUUUGUUAUUUUUUUGAUAAAUAUGAACAGACUCGUCUCAAUGUCAAGGUGUUUGAAAAUAUCCACCUUAAAGUGCUAACCACUUGUGUGAGAGUAUUUCCUCUGGUUUAAGACCAAAAACAAGGGGUAUUUAUUGCCAAAUGAUCAAGAAUGUUGCUCAAGGAAAACAUCCUGUAUGGUGUCUGAAACUAAGAUCAUUACGAUUCACACAGACUUAUUUAAUCUUUCACCUGUUGUGUUGUUUUUUGUUUGUAUAGAUGUACUGAUAUUGUGUUUGUGGUUUAUCAUUACCCAAUGUUUUUGUCAGAAAGCAGUGUAUUGUAAUAUUCCUGUCACCAAACUGUUGGAAAUAAUCAUAUGUGAACUCAAUAAAUAUUGGGAUGACCUUAA